AUGUUUAAAAAUACUGUAACAUUAUUUUGUAGAGAAGCUACAAGAAAGCAAGCAGCUAAAUUCAAUAGUAAUCAAGCUACUAGAAAGUAUCAAAAGAGUUUAGAAAUCAAUGCUAGAAUCAAAGAGGAGAAGAAACAAUUGAAACAAGCAAAGUCUGAUGUCAUUCAAGACCCAUUGGUGAUUCGUGCCUACAAAGAGUUGGAAGAAGAAGGUUACUUCUCGAAGACUGGUGCUAUCAAUCCAUUGAAAGAUCAAAUGUAA